CAAAACAAACCACAGAGAAAGAAAAAUGGAAAAAACAAAGAAACAAGUAAAAUCUAGUGAUCAGCUUUUUCCAUUUAGUGAUUAAAUCAACAGAAAAUCCUUGUCGAUUUCCCUUAUUUCAAUCGAAGAAGACGCUCAUCAAAUGCGUGAUUUUUACCUUCCGUUCUUCUUCAGUACAGCUCAAGUGAUUGAUCAAGGGAACAUAAGCAACUAGAGAUCUUGGUGAGUUUUGCAUGUUCCUAUUCUCCUGCUUUUCUGCUUAAGAGCUCUGAUAUUUCUUUUGAAAACGACCUUACAAUUCUACGAGGAAGGCCGGUGCUUUGAUGGGAUGGGACACCAACUUGCUAAGGUUUAUGGUGCUAUCAAGUACUAGUAAGUGUCAUCUCAAGAACAAUCACAAUGGAAUCACACAUGGGAAAUGGAGUAGGUAGUUCCAGAUCCGCCAAUCCUGUAAAGAACACUUCUAGUUCAGUUGAUUGGUUGAACAAAGAUAUGCUUGAGAUGAGGAUAAGGGACAAGACGGAGGAUGAGGAGAGAGACAGUGAGCCAGAUAUCAUUGAUGGGGCUGGUGCAGAACCUGGCCAUGUGAUCAGAACCACACUCCGUGGACGAAAUGGUCAAUCAAGACAGACAGUCAGUUACAUAGCAGAACACGUAGUGGGAACUGGUUCCUUUGGAAUGGUUUUCCAAGCUAAAUGCAGAGAAACUGGCGAGGUUGUUGCCAUCAAGAAGGUCUUACAAGACAAGCGCUACAAGAACAGAGAAUUACAAAUUAUGCAGAUGCUAGAUCAUCCGAAUGUUGUUGGUUUAAAGCAUAGCUUCUAUUCAAGAACAGAAAAUGAAGAGGUGUAUCUGAAUCUCGUCCUCGAAUUUGUUCCCGAGACUGUCAAUCGUACUGCCAGAAGCUACAGUAGAAUGAAGCAGCUGAUGCCACUGAUAUAUGUCAAACUUUACACUUAUCAGAUUUGCAGGGCGCUUGCUUACCUUCAUAAUUGCUGUGGUCUUUGUCACCGUGAUAUCAAGCCUCAAAACCUGCUAGUGAACCCACACACACAUCAGCUGAAAAUUUGUGAUUUUGGGAGUGCGAAAGUUUUGGUGAAAGGAGAACCCAAUAUUUCUUACAUUUGUUCGAGAUACUAUCGUGCCCCAGAGCUCAUUUUCGGAGCCACUGAGUACACAACUGCAAUAGACAUAUGGUCCACAGGGUGUGUGAUGGCUGAACUGCUUCUUGGACAGCCUCUGUUUCCUGGCGAAAGUGGAGUCGAUCAGCUUGUUGAAAUCAUUAAGGUUUUGGGUACACCAACAAGGGAGGAGAUCAAGUGCAUGAAUCCAAACUACACGGAGUUUAAAUUUCCGCAGAUAAAACCUCAUCCUUGGCACAAGGUAUUCCAAAAACGUUUGCCACCUGAAGCAGUAGAUCUACUUUGUAGGUUCUUCCAGUAUUCUCCUAAUUUGAGAUGCACAGCGGUGGAAGCUUGUAUGCACCCGUUCUUUGAUGAGUUAAGAGACCCAAACACUCGCCUCCCAAACGGUCGGCCACUUCCUCUGCUUUUCAACUUUAAACCACAAGAGCUCUCUGGCAUCCCUCCUGAAACCGUGGACCGGCUUGUCCCAGAACAUGCCCGUAAGCAGAACCUCUUCAUGGCGUUGCACUCGUAACUUGUUUUCUGCGCAGCAUAUCGGUGUUCUCUUCUCUAUAAGCUUUCUAGCAGCUCUCAGUCUUUGGUUUCGGUGAGGUCUUUCUCCCUUCGUCACUCUCUCUAUGUUUGUGUUUUUUGCCAAUCUUUGUUGUGUCGAAGUGGCGAUGCAUGAAUAUUACACUACUUUGUUGGACGGUGAUAUAGAGAACAGAUAUAUAUGUAUACUUGUUAACAUUUUGAAAGACUCAAAUGUGGACUGACAAUUCCAAGCCAUAACACAUUAUCCAAAAA